CAUCAUGGCAACAUCAGGAAAGGUGAUCAAGUGCAGGGCUGCUGUAGCUUGGGGUCACAAGCAGCCAUUGGUCGUGGAAGAGAUUGAGGUGUUUCCACCCCGAGACCAUGAAAUCCGCAUCAAGGUUGUCGCCACUGGUAUGUGUCACAGUGAUCUAUACUUCCUGGUUGAUUGCGAAGGUUGGUCGGGAUUUCCAGCCGUACUGGGGCAUGAAGGAGCCGGCAUUGUGGAAAGUGUUGGGCCCCAUGUGACCAAGUUCAGACCAGGGGACAAGGUCAUACCUGUGCCCAUCACCCAAUGCGGGGAAUGUCGCUUCUGCCUCAAUCCUGAAAGCAAUCUCUGUGUGAAGGGCUGGCCUUUAAUCAAGCAUGAGGAGGUGUCACACAUCACUUCACGGCUGAAGUGCAAGGGACAGACCUUGGUACAGUUCGCGGGCAUCAGCACCUUCUCAGAGUACACUGUGGUCAGUGAGGUCGCCCUGGCCAAGAUCAAUGACUCUGCUCCUCUGGAGACAGUGUGUCUUCUGGGCUGUGGCAUCCCGACAGGUUAUGGUGCAGCUAUCAACAUCGCCAAGGUGAAACCAGGCUCCACGUGCGCUGUCUUUGGCCUCGGGGCAGUGGGUCUGGCGGCAGUCAUGGGAUGCAAGGCUGCAGGUGCGACCAGGAUCAUCGUUAUCGACACCAACAAGGACAAGUUUGAGAAGGCAAAGGUGUUUGGGGCCACGGACUUUGUGAACCCCAAGGACCAUGCCAGGCCCAUUCAGGAGGUGCUGGUGGAGAUGACCAAUGGAGGUGUGGACUUCUCUCUGGAGUGUGUCGGAAAUGUGGAUGUUAUGAGAAGUGCCUUUGAGUCCUGUGUGAAGGGCUGGGGAGUCAGUGUGGUUGUGGGAUACACUGAGAGCGGUGAAGUGUCCACUCUGCCAAUGCAGCUUCUUGCUGGGCGCACCUGGAAAGGAUGCUUCUUUGGAGGCUACAAGAGUGUGGAAAGUGUCCCCAAGCUGGUCGAUGAAUAUAUGGCUAAAAAACUGAAGGUGGACGAGUUUGUGAGUCACAGGCUACCCCUGGACAGAAUUAAUGAAGCCGUAGAUCUUCUGGUCCAAGGGAAGAGCAUUCGAACAGUUCUGGAAAUUUCUCAAGUACAGUGACAAGUCACCUUUCAUUAUUUGAGGAUUCAGGAUUUCUGCUUCAGAAGAGGAUUUGGGAAAUGAGUUGUUUGCUCCUUGUAACAGUGUAAGAAUAAUCAAAGUAACGAAAUCAUGCUUUUUGACUGAGCCUGUGUUCUUCCCCUAGUGUAAU